AUGGCGCCAAUCUUCCACAUCGUCCUCCGGGACCCAAAGCGGUACGACACGUACGCGACCCGCGAGUUUGAUCUACCCCUCAGCACCAACUUUCCCAUUGGCCGGGCGUCUAGUAAUGUUUCCAAGAAAGAGCUGAUGGCGGCACCGCACAAUGCCUACAUCGAUAGCCCCGUCAUCUCUCGCCAGCACGCCAUCCUUUCAGCAAACUCGGACAGCGGCGUUCCCGAGGUCUACGUAAGCGACCAAGGCUCCAUGCAUGGCACCAUGUUGAACGGCAGGAGGCUAUCACCGCACACGCCUACAAGGCUUUCUUAUGGUGACGAGCUGCAGUUUGGUACCGAUGUGAACCGUAACGAGGAAUUCUUCGUAGCCCGCACUUACGUCUUUGAAUCUCAACUUUCACGUCCAUUCUGUCCCGGUUUCACCGUCCCCGAUCCCGAUCCCGAAAGCGACCAAGAAGACAUUUCUGAAGAGCGUCGUGGUAGCAUCACCGACCCAUUCGUCAUCGACUCGUCACCCUCAGGCCCAUCUGAAGACGAACAGGCAGAAGUCACCAUGAUCAUUAAUCAGGUCUUGAAGCAAGAGGAUCCUGUAAAGACUCCCGCUGUCGUACCUUACGCCUCGAGUGAAGCCAAAGCUGAUAGCGGCCUUGACUCUGACUUCGACAGUGAGGCUUGUAGCAUUGAUUACCCGGACCCAGAGUCCGACUCAGAGGCAGAGAUCCAGGAUUCUGAAGAUGAGGAAGAGACAGACCUCCCCUCCCCCAUAUUCAUCGCUCCGAUGUCCCCGGGCGGCCCUGGGUCUUCCACGGCACGCCCUAUCGCUCCAUAUCGCGAUACUGCAACUCAACCGCAAGAGUGUCUGCCACGUGUCGAUCUCUUCGAAUUCCACCCUACGCCCAGCAUGAACACACUCAGCCACACGCCUUCCGACGAUGUAGCUCCACCUUUGCCACCACGCCCCUCAUCCAGGCCGUGGAAUGAAUCGUUCCCAAAUUUCGGACAACAGGAUGUCUACACAGGUUAUAAUUUUGAUGGCUACAUGGGCGGAUUCGGUGAACGACCUCCGCUGUUUGCCCAUGCGCCUCCGCCAUCCGACUUCAUGCAGUCUCGUACUACUAUGCAAAACUUCUGUGCCUACCCCGGACAGAUGUUUCAAGCUGACCGACUUCCAUCCCCUCCACGUAUGCCUACUUCAGACGUUGAAACUACGCCUCCACUACAGCCUGGACGACGCACCAAAGUCUCCAUCGAGGAAAUUGUAGAAGAACAGCCACCUACGCCUGAGUCAGUCAACUCGUUGAAGCGCAAGGCCGAUGUGCUUGAAGAAGAGGAAGAGCCGGUAGCGACCAGUGGAGAAGUAUCCGAAGAAGUUGCAGUUGCUCCUGAGCAUGCUCCUGCUGAUGCCACAGUAACCGUCCUUGUUGGUGAUGCUGCUGCCACGCAAACAGCUACUGCAAUCGCCCAACGUCCCAAGAAGACUCCACGAUCUGUUCUUAGCCGAGUACUCAACAAGGCUGCCUACCCUCUUCUUGGCGCUACUGGCGCGGUUGUCUCAUUUGCACUUCUCUCAACCCUUCCGGAUAAUUUCUUCGUCUAGUGUGGGCAAUAUUCCAAUUUAUUCACGGCGUUCAUGGGUGGAAUUAGGAGAAUACAGGCAUCAUAUCAUGGCUUCCUCGGGUCAUGGUGACCAGUGCAAGAGGCAGUUCUGCAGGCUAAGCGGAAUGGGAAUGUAAAUUGGUAUGAAGGCGUUCUGGGUAGCUUUUCAUGAAGAUAGGGCCGUAGUUACGACAAUGACAUUGAUGCGACUAC